AUGCCACGUUCUGCCCCCUUCAAUCCUCCUGCAGCUGACCUGCCUGGCAAACCUUUUGUCCCAACAUGGGUUCCUCCACCCGUCACUCAGCAAAAAGAGAACUUUGCUGAGCUUAGCUCCAUUGAUCUUUCUUUGUUGGACUCGGAUGACCCGGCCGUUGUUGACAAACUUGUCCAGCAGGUUAAGGGUGCCAUUCGUGAUGAUGGAUUCCUUUUCCUCGAGAACUAUGGAAUCUCCUUAGAGCAGCUCCACCGCCAGUUCUCUCUCGCACAGUAUCUAUACCAAAACAUUAGCGAAGAGGACAAGGAGCGCCUCCUUUUCAACCCUGAAACUGGUGUUUGGUCUGGUUACAAGCACCCAUACGGAUUCAAGCGCCAACGCGGACCCGAAGACGGCAUCGAACAAUUUAACUGGUACAAACCAGACUGGAACGACAUCAACCGUGUACCCACAUGCCUUCACCCCUUUAUGGAUGAGAUUGAAGAAUUCUCCAACUAUCUGACCAAAUCCGUCAACCGCCGCCUCCUGACUCUCUUCUCCCGUGUUCUCGAGUUGCCCGACGACUAUCUCUGGGACAAUGUUCAGUCGCACGGUUGCCCAACUGGUGAGGGUUACUUCCGCCAUGCACUUUUCCGUCCGGUCCAGAAGAAGACCGAAGAGGCAUCCAAGGGCCUGCGCAUGCACGGUCACACCGACUUCGGUCUGACAACACUGCUUUUCUCUGUCCCCAUCUCGUGUCUCCAGAUCUGGGGCCGCGACGAAAAGUGGUACUACGUUCCCUACAAGCCCGGUGCGCUUGUCAUUAACAUCGGUGAUACCCUGGAGAUCGUUUCUGGCGGCCAUUUCAAGGCUACGCGUCACCGUGUUUACAAGCCUCCUGCCGAUCAGUUGAAGGAGGAGCGUCUCUCUCUGGUUCUCUUCAACAGUUCUGUUGGUGAUUUGCGCAUGGGUCCUGCAACCGAUUCUCCCUUAAUUCAGCGAGUGGGCUGUGUCGAGGAACAGGGUGUCUACAAGGAGUUCAAGAAACUCACUUCCCAAGGAAAGCUGGUGCCUACCAACCGACAGUGGCGUGAAAUCCAGAUCGCCACCGCAACAGAUCCCACAGAUCAAGAGCGCAACAGAGUUGGUGUCGACCAGGUUCUCAUCGAUGGCAAGGUUAUGCACCAACGAGAGUACAUGGGUGUCAAGGUUGUCCUGCCCGUUUGA